AUGUGGGAUAAUGCCGAGGGUGAAAAUCUGACGGAUGAAGAAGGAGGCCUGUCGAUGUUCGACGAGGAGAGGAACGUGGAGUUCCUGUCGUACGACGGCUACGAGGUGCAGCACGACCGCGACGUUCUCAUCUUCCGCUUCAGCUUUUGCAAUGCCGUUCGCAUGGCGCCCGAAUUGAAGAUCGAUUUGAGUCGCUACCGCCAGCUCGUGGCAGAAUUGGCCUCCCUCACCACCACCGACGACGCCAAUCGCCAAAAGUGCACCAGGGACCGCCUGCAGCGCAUGGACAGGGCCGUGCGUGCGGUGGGCAUGGUCUACGCUGCGUGGUUCUACAUGCGCUUCUACUGCCCGCGCAUCGUCGUGCGGGCCGGGCCGCGCAUGUGUCCGCGCGAGCUCGCCUUCUGGCGCGAGCACAUCUUCCUCCGCUCGCUGGGCGAGUUCUACUUCGUCAACAAGCUCGACUUUCGCAACAGCGUCGAGCUCGUGUGGGAAGGCGUCGACGCCGAUGGUGGUGUCGAUGGCGACGACCACGGCCACGGCCGCGACCACGGCCACGAUCAUGGCCACGAGCGAGCGGCUGCCGGCGAUCAAUGGGCGGACGGCGGGUGGUGGGAAACGCGCAAGCCCAAGGGUGUGCUGGUGCCGCUGGGCGGCGGAAAGGACUCCCUGCUCGCCUUCGAGGUCCUCAAACGAACGGGGGCGCCGUUGAUGUGGUUCUACCUGGCGGAGCGCUACGGGGAGUUUGACCGCAACUGGCGACUUUCGGCCAUCAUCCGCGCUUCAGGAGAGCCGCCAGAAGAAGAGGACAAUCCAGACACCAAGCGACGUCCGCCGACGGUGCCCCAUGCCACGCUCGAAGGGCUGCGGGAGCUCGAGUUCAGCGACAAGCUGUGGAACAGCGACUGGCGCGCGCAUAUCGCCCCGCAGUGUCCCCCCUGGGCCGCCAUGGUCGCCUUCUCUUCGGUGUUGGUGGCGCUGCUCAACGACCUGGACUUCAUCGCCGUGGGCAACGAGAAGAGCGCCAACUUUGGCAACACCACCUACCUCGGGAUGGACAUCAACCACCAGUACGACAAGAGCCUCGUGUUCGAGCGCGAGUGCAACGCGUUCAUCCGAGAGUACAUCACCGACGACGUCUACUACUUCUCCGCGCUCCAGCCCCUGUGGGAGAUCGACAUCAUGAAGCGAUUCCUUCGGGAGGGCUCCAACUCGCGCCGCAACUACCUGCACCUCUUCAUCAGCUGCAACUUCCCCCUCGAGAAGGAGGGGUCGCGGUGGUGCGCCAACUGUCCCAAGUGCUGCUUCGUGUUUCUUCUCCUAUCGGCCUACCUCCCUCCUCGCGAAGUGUGGGCCGUGUUCGGUGACAACCUCCUCGAGCGCGAGUCGCUGUUCGUGAUGUUCGAGGAGCUGCUGGGGCGCGAGGGCCGGAUGAAGCCGCUGGAGUGCGUGGGCACCGACGACGAGGUGCGUCACUGUCUCGCCCUCACGCGCGGUCAGUACCGCCGCCACAUGCCCUUCCACCCGCUCCCCGGCCUCUUCCGCCACCUCGGCGCGCACGGCGAGCUGGAGGGCGAUGAAGGUGAAGAUGAUGAAGGAGACGGGGCGCAGCUGCUGCAUGAUGGUGAAAGGAUGGAUGGGGAGGAAGGUGAGAGAAGGAGACGCGAAGAGACGCUCAUCCCGCGAUGGUGCUGGCCGGCACUCUUUCCUCCAUCUGCUGGCGCGUAG